AGGAAGGGAAGGCAGGCAAUUAGCAGAGUGUUUGUGGUCAGUUGUAUAUGCUGCCCUGGAAUCAGAUCAAUUGUUCAUUACAGCAUCUGUCUGUCUCCAUUACUGCUGUGAGCCAAAGGUGGCAGUUGCAGAGGGGAUUAUCUGAUUAACUUUAGAUAUCAACAUCUGUCUGUCAAAAUGAGCUUUAUGUAUUCAGCUGGAGGAAAUAAAUUUCAGGCUGUGCAUUGAGGACAGGGCUUUCUCAGCAAGGUGAUGCAGUGAGGGAGGCUGCCUGUGCUUCACAAACAGAGCUCUGUGUUGAGGGGAAAGAUUGUCCUGAAGACAGUAGUGGCUUAGAGGGAGUCUUAGCUUGUGGAGCUGGCAGGAUUGAAGUGCACCUCUAAAUUCUUUUAAGUCUCUACUUUUCAGAUUCUCUUUAAAAAAAGAAAUAAUGUAAUAGCAUUCUCUUUCUGGAGAGACAAUGUAAUUUGUUGUAUCUAAUCCAUCUUUAAAUGUCAGGUAUUUUGCCAAGGAGUUGCCACAUGCUAUUGUAAAGCUGGGCUCUGAGAUCUCAAAUUUUGGUUCUUUCUCGUAAGCUUAAGUGGAAUAUGCCAGUAGUGACAACCUAACAGAUCUAAGUGGCUCUGAGUAGUUUUUUGGAAGAGGGGAGUCUCCAGAUUUCACCUGUAGCUGCUGCCACAGGUCUUUCUUUCAAAGCAAAGUGUCUGAGCCAAAGUGUUUUUAACAAGCUCUGACUUCUUGAGAAGGAGGUGCCUUAAAUGCUGGGCUUGUGUUUUCAGAAGCAGAUUUUUGACAGUCCAGUGCUUUUCUCCACGUAGUCUUGCUGACUGUCAGGUGCCUCAGUGCUCUACUGCUUCUGCAGGGCCGUGGUGAGAUGUGAGGCUGGCUCCUUUUGAAAAGGGUUUGGCUGUUCAGGUUGUCCCAUAUCAAUGAGCCGUUGUGGGAGCAGGAGAUGCCCUGUAGGACUCAUUUUCUACACGGAGUUUUUGUUGCUGGUGCUCUUGUGAGGUAAUGCUGUACUGUAAGGAUAGGCUCAAAGGCUGAGGUUGAGCAAGUAUCCUCUAAAGCUGGAGGGGAGGAGCAGAAAUGGCUUUUACAGCUGUGGCUAAAGUAACCUUGUGAUGUAGAUUGGGCUAUGGUGUGCUCCUGCUGCUGAGAGGGAAGGAGAAUGAUGGCUUCUCAAGUUUUUCACUUUUCCUGCACCUGUUGCCAGUUUCUGUGUCUGGGGAACUCCAGCUCCUCUGUUUAAUUCACUCCUUGAUAGUGGGCAGGGUGGGACAGCUAGAAUGGACAGAGUCAUUUAGUUCCAGAAAUAGCACUGGGAGGCAAAAUCACAGCUGAUGCCAAGCACUCCAAAGAUGGAGAAACCCCUUUCUUGUCUAAAAUAGCUACUAGAGGUCUUAAGACCAAAGCAGUAACAUCUGCAAAGGAGUUUGAGGGUGCUACUAUGAGAGACAUCUAGUAACAUGAGCACCCUGGUGGAGUACAGCCUGCUACGGGGCCUAAUUAGGGUCUUAUUAAUGCUUUCUUUCAUCACUGCCUUCCAGCCUUCAGAUGGUGAUUAGACCUAUUUAUAGGGGCAGAGUUCCUUAAUAUACAGCACGGUGUACUUCUUGCCAAUCAAAUCAGUAGCAUCUGCAUCUUUGAUUGCUGCUUAAUAACAUUGUAGAAGAUUGUUAAUUAAAAAAUAUAAAUAGACCUUUCAUCCUCUUAACUUACCGAAGUGCUUCUCUCCUGUCCCCACCUUGCUUCCCCCAAAAAAGGUUAAAGUUGGAUUAGCACAGGGACUGUGGUGAGCCUCUCAUCUCACUGCUGGAAAUGCAUCCUGCUAUCCUAUCCAGGAGAGUUACCUCUUGUGUGCUCUGCUGGGGGACUAAAUUUCAUCACCUUCCAUGAAUGUCAGCACAGGGCAGAAUGAUUGUAUGCUGCAUGAGAAUAGACUUGUAUGUAGGCUCCUGUGCUGCAUUUGAGCAUUUUCUAGCUUUUGUUUCAGUGUCUACAUUUGUGUGUGUUUGUGCACACACUGCCUGAACAGCAUUUCAUAUGCAAUGGUAUAUUUUGCUUUUCUAGCUUUUCAAGUCUCUUUUUAAAAUACUGUUCUCUGUUUUUGCAGCUGGUAAACUCACAGGAGUGUGCUUCAUCUGUGGAGGGCAAGGUGUUAUGAUUAACUUUUUAUGUUGUUCUUAUUUUUUCCUUAGAGGAUUUAAUUCUGAUAUUUUGAUGGGACAGCCUCUAGGCAAGCCUCCAGAACAAUCAAGGUACAAUGGCCACAGUAGCCCAGAAGCACUAUUUGGAAGGGCAGACAUACUCAGUGCCCCUGAUCCAGCCAGACCUACGCAGGGAGGAGGCUGUGCAGCAGGUGGCAGAUGCACUUCAGUAUCUGCAGAAGGUGUCAGGUGAUAUCUUCAACAGGAUCUCUCAGCGGGUGGAGGCCAGCCGGGCACAGCUCCAGGCAAUUGGGGAGAGAGUCACACUCGCCCAGGCCAAGAUUGAGAAGAUAAAGGGCAGCAAGAAGGCUAUUAAGGUAUUUUCCAGUGCCAAGUAUCCAGCCCCUGAACGGCUGCAGGAGUACAGUUCAAUUUUUGCUGGUGCAGAAGACCCAGCUAAACAGAAAUGGCCAAGACACAAGAUUCAGAGCAAACACCAAAUGCUGGAUGAAAAAGCUCUGCAGGAAAAGCUCAAGUAUUUCCCUGUGUGCGUGAGCACCAAAAUUCACCAGGAGGAUGAUGCAGAAGAAGGCCUUGGCAGCCUUCCCAGGAACAUCAGCUCCCUCAGCUCCCUGCUACUCUUCAAUACCACCGAGAACCUGUACAAGAAGUAUGUGUUCCUGGAUCCCCUGGCUGGAGCAGUGACCAAGACCCAUGUGGCUCUAGAAACAGAGACAGAAGAGAAGCUCUUUGAUGCACCUCUCUCCAUCACCAAAAGGGGACAGCUAGACCGACAGGUCGCUGAAAAUUACUUCUAUGUGCCAGAUCUGGGCCAGGUCCCUGAGAUUGAUGUGCCCUCCUACCUGCCAGACCUGCCUGGCAUUGCUGCAGACCUCAUGUACAGCGCUGACCUGGGCCCUGGCAUUGCACCCUCUGCCCCCAGCAGUGCUAUUCCAGAGCUGCCCACUUUCAACACUGAGUCGGUGGAGCCUUUGCAACCAGAUCUUCAAGAUGCUAAGCUGUUGCCACCUCCUCCCCCUCCACCUCCCCCACCGCCUCCUGUUAUGCCAGCUCCGGUGCCUCCUCCACCGCCCUUGCCCCAGCCCACAGCACCCUUGGAACCAGCUCAGGCAGUCAGCGAGGAGAGCAGCAGCACAGUGCCUGCAGCUUCAGUCCAAGGAGCCCCAAAGGAGGUGGUAAACCCCUCUACUGGGCGUGCCAGUCUCUUGGAGUCCAUCCGCCAGGCCGGGGGCAUUGGGAAGGCCAACCUUCGCAGUGUCAAGGAGAGGAAGCUGGAGAAAAAGAAGCAGAAGGAACAAGAACAAGUGAGAGCUACAGGACAAGGUGGAGAUUUGAUGUCAGACCUCUUCAACAAGCUGGUGCUGAGGCGCAAAGGUAUUUCAGGGAAAGGCCCAGGAGCCUCUGGGAACAUGGAUGCUCCUGGCAGUCCUGCUGGUGCCUUCGCUCGUAUGUCGGACUCAAUACCACCCCUCCCACCCCCACAGCAGCCCGUGGGUGAGGAGGAUGAGGAUGACUGGGAGUCAUAGAUGGGAUCCAUUGAGUAUUAGUGUGAAACUAUUGCUGUCUGAAAAGUUUCCAUGAAGUUGAAGGAAGCAGGUCCUUACUGCCUUCACUUUGGUAAAAGUGAGAAGUGUCAUUAAUUAAUUGUGUGUAAAGGGAAAGCCCAGCUGUCCAGCCAUACAGCCCAGCACCACAGGCUGGAGGGCACCAGCUGCUAGAAGCAGGUGCUCCCCUCCCUGAAGGCAGAACUUGUGCAGACCACAGGGUUUGGACCUACUCAAGGGGCAGGUGACUCACAAUGGAAGUUUCUCAGAGGCUGUUUCUCAGAGCUGUUUCUUUCCCUGUGGGGCUAAUUAACAUACAGGGAGUAGGUCACAGCUCUGUGCCAUAAGUACUUUCUUCCUUGUGAAGAGCCUGGAGAGGCAGCAUCGAGCUGCUGAAACUGGAAAAGAAGCAAACAGGGCUCCUGGGAUGAGACUUGCUCAGGAUGACAGAGGUAGCUGGGAAAAGCUGAGAGAAUUAUGUGGCUGGCCCUCCAGCACUCACUCAUAACCCUGGAAAGAACCCCAGAAAAGUUAAAUUUAAGAAGUAACUUUGAAUUCAGAAACUUAGGAGUUAAAAAGAGCAGAGCAAUACUGUGCUUAAAUAUGAUCAAAGGAGAAGUGCUGUAUUGUGGCCAUAUCUUUAUUGCCCUUGUAAGAAUGAACUGCUUCAAUCUAUUGGCUGCUUGAAGCAAGGCAGAAAGAGGGUGAGAAAAAAUGUUACCCACAGCUGCUCCAUUACCACUCUGUGUUAUUCCAAUAUGACAUAAAUUAGUAACCUGCUAGUCUGCAAUUCCUGUGAAAAGCUCAAUGAUGGCAUUGGUCAGUCAGGCCACCUACACUUGGUGGUUGAUGGGGAAAAAACCAUAUGUGUUCAGUCAAAAUAAUUACUCCCCACACUUAAGUGUACUUAAAUAAUACUCGCCAUACUUGAGUGUUUUUAUUGAAAGUAUUUAAUCAAUUUAAAUAAAACCUUAACAGCUGUAAAGAA